CAAAAGCACUGCUCCACAUAUAGCUUUAUAAUAACAUUGUGUGUCUUUUGUUAACACAGGUAUCCACAGGCUUCAGGGACCGACCUGCCAGCAGUUGCCCCAGUUGCCCCCCUGCCAGCAGUUGCCCCUGCCAGCAGUUGCCAGCCGAGCUCUGCUGCAGGUUCUGAAGAGGGGGAUGAUGAGCAGCCUUCCUGCUCAGAUGCUGUGGGACAGGCAACUGGACAGCCACAGGCUCCAAAGAGGGACCACUCCCCUUCAUCCUCUUCGAUUGCAAGGAAGCGGAGGGCUAAGUCCACCUGGCUUAGUUUUCUUGACCUGUUUCCGGUGACUGUUCAUGCCACGACACCCACAUGUGAGGAAAUUGUCGGCGGUGGAUUUGAUCGCGAAUCCUUCCGUUACUUUCACAACAAAUGGAAGACAGUCCAGCGGGAACAGCGCAUCCAAUAUAUCUUGGAUAAGUGCAAGUUCAGGAACCGCCCCUCAGAGGCCAGGGUAUACCAUCGGCUCCGUGCUGAGAACUGGUCGGCCAACUGUCCAAGCGCCAUGGAUGUGGUCAAGUCUUGGCUCCCCGUAAAGGACCACAUCAAGAGUCCAGACAUUAUCCGCCAUAUUCAGGAACAGUCUUGGAAAGGACUUUGCCUGAAAGACUUUGGGCCACCAAAGAACAAAGGGGUGAUUGCGACAAUGCCCUUUUCCAAGGGAGAGGUGGUCUGCGACUACCAUGGAGAGUACGUCACCCAAGAAGAAGGGAAUCGGAGAAUGCAACAGCUUUUCGACGAAGCCUGUUACGUCUUCUUCUUUGCGGGACGUGGGGAAAAGUUCUGCAUAGACGCCCAACAUUCUCCAUGCCAGUGUCACCCACACCAGGACACGUUUGGUCGUUGGAUGAACCAUUCAAGGAGAAGUCCAAAUGUGAAGCCACACGUGUUCAAACUCCCACUCACAGAGGGAACAAGAUGGCAUCCCAUUUUCCUCGCGCUAACGGACAUUCAGGUCAACCAGGAACUACUUUGGGACUACGGUGUUCUCAGUGACGAGGGACUUGGAGGCGAAACUGUUGGACUGGACUGGCUGAAUACUUGAAUUCCUGGACAACAACAUACCCCUCUGCCAUCUCAUAUGAACUCACUGCACGCGGCACUUUACUUCACCCUGCACCACAACUCAUUCUGUACCUGUACUGUCGCCUACUAGACUUCACACACACACUGUAGAUUAUUUGCACAUUUAUAUAGCAUUGUGCAAUUGAAAUGUGUAUAUAGUGUUGCACUCAGGAUUUUCAGUCACUUGUACAC